AUGGCGGCCGAGCAGCGCCUCAGCGCGCAGGCGUCACUCUUCUACCGCGUCACAGAGCCUACCAUCGACGACGGCGCUGCUUCCGGUCCGGGCACCGGAAGUCCUGAACGCCUCCCGAGAAGGCGGAGAGGAGAUCGGUUCCGUUGGGUCGGGCGGGGUCCGUUUUGUGGGCGGGGCCUCCACUGCGCAGGCGCCUGGCGAGCUCGGCGGGCUGAGGGAGAAGCCGCCAUGGCGGUGCCGGCGCCGGGCUGCAGCCUGAAGGACGAGCUGCUGUGCCCGAUCUGCCUGGGCCUCUACCAGGAGCCAGUCAGCUUCGGCUGCGAGCACUACUUCUGCCGCCGCUGCAUCUCCGAGCACUGGAGCCGGCAGGAGGCGCAGGCGGCGCCCGCCCGGGACUGCCCCGAGUGCCGCCGGGCCUUCUCGGCGCCCGCCCUGGCGCCCAGCCUCAAGCUGGCCAACAUCGUGGAGCGCUUCGCCGCCUUCCCGCCCGAGGCGGCGCUGGGCGGCGGCGGCGGCGGAGGGAGGGGCGGCCGGGCCGGGGGCUCGCCCUGCGGGAAGGCCCACGCCAAGGUGCGCCUCUUCUGCCUGACCGACCGCGCCGUCGUCUGCUUCUUCUGCGACCGGCCCGCCCUGCACGAGCAGCACCAGGUCACCGGCCUGGACGAGGCCUUCGAGGAGAUGCAGAGGGAACUGAAGGAGCAGCUGCAGACCCUCCAGGACAGCGAGCGUGGCCACACGGAGGCCUUGGCUCUGCUGAAGCACCAGCUGGCCGAGACCAAGUCCUCGGCCAAGAGCCUGCGGGCCACAAUCGGCGAGGCCUUUGAGCGGCUGCACAGGCUGCUCCGCGAGCGCCAGAAGGCCAUGCUGGAGGAGCUGGAGGCCGACACGGCCCGGACGCUGACCGACAUCGAGCAGAAGAUCCAGCGCUACAGCCAGCAGCUGCGCAAAGUGCAAGAGGGCAGCCAGAUCCUGCAGGAAAGACUGGCGGAAACUGACAAGCACAGCUUCCUGGCGGGCAUCGCCUCUCUCUCGGAGAGGCUGAAGGGGAAGAUCCACGAGACUAACCUCACCUACGAAGACUUCCCCACUUCGAAGUACAUGGGGCCUCUGCAGUACACCAUUUGGAAAUCCCUCUUCCAGGACAUCCAGCCAGUGCCUGCCAUGCUGACCCUGGACCCGGCCACCGCUCACCAGCGCCUGAUCCUCUCUGACGACUGCACCAUUGUCUCCUACGGCAACUUGCACCCGCAGCCGCUGCAGGACUCGCCCAAGCGCUUCGACGUGGAGGUGUCAGUGCUGGGCUCGGAGGCCUUCAACAGCGGCAUCCACUACUGGGAGGUGGUGGUCUCGGAGAAGACCCAGUGGAUGAUCGGGCUGGCCCACGAGGCCGUCACCCGCAAGGGCAACAUCCAGAUCCAGCCGAGCCGCGGCUUCUACUGCAUCGUCAUGCACGACGGGAACCAGUACAGCGCCUGCACGGAGCCCUGGACGCGGCUGAACGUCAAGAGCAAGCUGGAGAAGGUCGGGGUCUUCCUGGACUACGCCAAGGGGCUGCUCAUUUUCUACAACGCGGAUGAUAUGGCGUGGCUUUACACCUUCCGGGAGAAGUUCCCCGGGAAACUGUGCUCCUACUUCAGCCCCGGACAGAGCCACGCCAACGGGAAGAACGUGCAGCCGCUCCGGAUCAACACCAUCCGGAUCUAAGGACUCUCCUGGUCUCGUCUCUUCCCGGUGCAGAAAGGAGAAAUUAGUCUGAUGCUGGCAAAAUGUGAGCUUUUCUGGAAUACGUUUUCCAGCUGCCAGGACUGAACAAGCAGAGAAUCGGGCUAGUAAGGAUCCCCUAGGCGGGCAGAGCGGGGAAAGCAGUUCUCGUGAACGAUGGGCCUUGGGCUGCCUCCUGGGGAUCUAAGACGCUUGCCGCUUCCCGGACGCAGUGAGGAAGGGUAUAAUGGGGAGUUGGGGGGGCUGUUAAGGUGGAGGGCUGUCUGUGUUCUCAUUGUCGGCCUUGUUCAGGCAACUCUUUUGUGUUUGCAUGCUUUUCCCCGUCCUGUCAUUUUUGCAAAAGUGGGCAGGGAGAGGGAGGGAAGGAAGACCCACACUAUGGAUCUGAGCUGGUUUUUAAUUCCUGCUUCUUAGCCAGGCAGAGAAGCGGAGGGAACAAGCAGACCAGCCAGGAAAUAAAUAGGGCUAACGGGUCUUUAACGUUCAACGGGAGGUUUGUCUUGUAACCCCUAGGAUGUGUUUGUUGUAAAAGGGGGGGAAGUAGAAUUAUUGGCUGUUUACGGUGUUUAACGGGAGGCUUGGGACGCUUGCCAGCUUCCGCGUUCAAAGACUUGAGGGAUGAGGUUGCUUUAGCUGCGUCUACGCAAGCUUCACCUGACCGCUGAAUUCAUUCAUCUCUGUUCUGGGUAGCCUGAACAUGCGAAGCCUCCGAAGCCAUGCAGGGUCUGCGCUGACCUGUUGGAAGCCCACCGUGUGGUUAAGCAAAGCUGUCCCCGUUUCAGAAUACAAGUUGUUAGGAAGGAAAACGUGGUGCUAAAUGCAACUGUUCACAUGUGACACUCCAAGCUGGCCACAAGAGGGCAGCGUUGGCUUAAUUCAUGCCAUUAAGUGGGAUGGGGG